AUGGGAACAGAUGCUUUGUUGAAUGUUGCCCAAGGCGAUGAAGAAACAUUGCUGGAAUUAAAGUCUUUAGGAAUAUUAGUGGAACCGUGUGAUCGUCAAGGAUCGACUGCUGAGAAGAAUCCUGAAAAAAUCAAACUGAUUCAGAAUGAAGAAAAUAACCCUGCUGUUUAUAAUACGAAUGAUAAUCCUGAGGGGACAUGUUUAGUUCAAGAAGAUGGACAGCCAGAAGCUGAUAUUAACAGGAAUACAAUUAAAUCUUGUGACAAGAACUUGGCUACUGACACGGUUGAGGGUAGUGGCUAUCGUAAACUACCCGACUCUGAACCUUUGUAUGCAUCAGAAAGGAAUCAACAGAGUUUUGUUCAAUCUGUUCCUUCUGUGAACUAUCUGAGUAAUGAAAAUAUCUUGAUUGGUGGCUGUAGUGAGCCUAGUGACCAUGAAAUGUCACAAGAAGGUGCAAAAGACCAGGUUGAAUCCUUUAUGAAUCAGAUAAAAGAUUCAGAGCAAUUUCUGGAUCUGAUAGAGAACAGAGUUCUAGAGUUGAACAACGACAAGGAAAGUCUAGAAGUCGAAGAGCUUUUAGCAGAGUUUUGUUGUCGAGACCAAGAUUUUGAGAACGUUUUAGAAACUGGUAUGGGUUUGGUUCGUGAUAUCUCAGAGGAUGAAAAGUUUGGUGUGGAAGAAAAGAUUGUGGUGGUUGAAGGUCGAUGGAACGACCUAAAAGAAGAGCUUGUCAAACGUAAAACAACAAUUGAAACAGUUUUCAUGCUUGAGAAUUGUCUCAAGAAGUUUGAGAAAUUUGUUGAAGAGGUAUCUGAGUUUGUGUCUGGUAAAGAUGCUAAUACUGAGUGGUUAUUCACGGACGAAGAGGCUGGUUGUAUUGUUGACUGUUACCUGGGUAGGCUUGAACGUGAACAGGUCGCUUUGAAAGGUUUGAUUGAAGGAACGAAGCACAUUCUGUCCAAUGCUGCUGGUGAGAGUAUCGAGGAACAGUUAAAUCAGGUUUCUAAGACACAAAUGGAGCUUGCAAAUAAUUUACUUGAGAAGAAAGCAAUGGUAGAACGGUGGGUUGAAUUUUCCCUGUCUCUUGAAGGCGUUGAGUGCGAAGUGGAAGCACUUACAGCUGAAUUCGAAGAUCUCGUGGAAGGGGAAGAUAGCGAGUUCAUAAUGGAGAGACAUCUUAACGAGAGUCGUGUGCAUAUGUUGAAGAUACUCCUAGGAAGUUUAGUGGGAAAACAAAACAAACUUCGUGAAUUGUCCGCUGAGUAUAAAGAUGUGCUCAAUUUCAGUAAAGAUUGUGAUGAAAAGGUGAAAGAACAUGAGACAACUAUUUCUAAGAAAAUAGAACUUGUUUCAGAGAAACUCGAAAAGCUAGAGAGUUAUCUGGAUAGCUUUAAAGAACUCGAGUUUGAAACAAAUGAACUACAAGUUAAAGUAAAAGAAGCUGACAAAGCCUUGACGACGUUUGGCCAAUCCACGUGUGCUGAAGUUCGCUCAAGAACUACUCCACUCGAGCAACUUUCUGAAAUCAAGCAUUUGGAGGAAAAUAUAUUGAAACUAGAACCGCGCGUCAAGUUAGUAAAAGAGAAGAGUUUGGAACGGUUAGAUCAGCUGGAUUAUGAGAAUUCUGGUUACUGGUUUCAAGAAAAUAUCAAGUGUUUGGUGGCCAGCUACGAGAGAGCAAGAACGCGCGUCAGGAAGAACGUAAAAUCGAUUGAAAGCUGUGUUUCACUGAAGGAUAAGUUCGAUUUGAAGUUCCUGGAAAUCUCAGCGUUCCUAGAAAAGGUUGAGGAGUAUUUAAAUGAAGAUGAAGAGAUUCCAGGAAACUUUGAUGUGACUGCAAAGGAGGUUGCUCUCGUAAGUGGAAGAAGGUUUUUAGAAGAGAUGGCACUGAAGGAAGAUUGUUUGCGUGAGUUGGUGGAGAUGAGUGAAAGCGUGAGUAAUGAAGAUGAGGAUGAAAGAGAUGUAUUGCAGUUGAGGGAGAGGUUUAAUAUCAGACUCAAAGAGCUGAAGAGGAAUGUAGACUGCCUGGAUGUGACAUUGCAGUGUUACAAUGACUUUGAGGAGAAAGUUGAAGAAUUGUCUUCGCUCAUGUACGAAGUGCAGGGCUUUCUCUAUGGCGAAGGUGUUGAAACAAGAGGACUGGAAGAUCUGUUGGAACUGGGAAGGUCUUGCUUGGAGAACGUCGAAAACAAGGAAGGAACUUUGAUAGAAUUAAAGAACAGAGUUGAGAGGCUGACUGAAAGUUUUCGUGAGGAGGAGAAGGAAGUUAUCAUCGCAGAAUUGGGAAGUCUGGAAGAGAAGUUGGCUUUUUUAAAAGCGACUGUUUUGCAGAGGAUGGAAUGUCUUGAGGCUCUUGCGUCGCGACACGAUGUGUACAAGAACGAGCUGAAGGAAGUUAAGAAAUGUAUUUCAUCUUUGGAACAGGAAACAGAGACAAGGGAUGGUUUGGUGCCUAAAAAGGUAAAUGAAAAUGUAGACCCCGUAAGCCUUCAACGAAAUGGAAAAUCCGACAGCGUUUUAACAGUGAAAAAAGCAGAAGAAAGUUGGUUGGAAAAACUCGAGGCUUUCCGAGCACGGCUUCAAAAUUUGGACAAGAUGAAGACGGAAUUACUUGAGGAGACACAGGAGAGUAACAUCGACCUCGGCGGCGCCUCGCUGGGGCUUGAACCACUCGAACUGACUGUUGCAGAUCUUGAAAGAAUCAACGAAAAGAAAAUUAAAGAACUUAGAGAACAUGAAGAACAACAGGAAAUGAUUUCAAGAAAGGUGUCGGAGUUUGAGGAAGAAUUAGGACGACUUAGGAAUGAAGUUGAAGAGAAUAAAGUGGGUCCGAUCAUCGUCGAAGAAACGAUGACAAAAACCAAAGUAUUGCUACAAGAAGUUGACACUACUUUGGCAAGCGUUGCUCCAAAACAGAGAUACUCCGUUGAAAGUAUUCAGUUGAUUGAGCGAUUGGAAAAUAUUCGAGAUAAUUGCAUAGAAAUUAAGAGGCACCUGAUUCGAGUUGAUCCGAGUAUUGCGCGAUUAAGUGAAGAUCAAAUAAGCAGUGAAAGCGGAUGUCAAGUUUUGACUGUCGUAGCUGAAAAAGAUGGACAGCAAGACAUUGCUGGAGAUGAAGUAAUUCGUGAAGACAUCCAACCGACAGCUAACGUUGCACAAAGAGAUAUUUCCAAUGUCGUCAUAACUACUGAUGCGACUGACGAAGAUACAACUUUAGAAGGAGAGGGUGAAGGCCUACAACCAAAUAACUCGAUUGAAGAUAAAUCUGAUGAAAAUGCCAAACACUUCCCGUCGGAGAAACUGAUCCAACAACCCAAAGUGAAGAUUGAAAGUGUUGCUUUUGAGAUCUUGCAAAGCGAAGUCGAGUCCUUGGCCAACGACGAGGAGGUCAUGGCAAUUAUAAUUUCAAACUCUGAACAAACGACUGGAAAUUUACAUAAAGAACUUGAAGCGGCACAAGCAAAGCUUGAAUUACUUCAACAGAAAGAACAACAACUGCAGAGCAUUAGUUCACAAGCUGAAGGCAUGUGGGCAACUAUUCCAUCCGAGGGACAGAAAAUAUGUCAGGAGAAUAUCGUCGAAAUUGAGGAGAAGCUUUCGACUGCAAAAGAAUGUUUGUUUACGCGGAUCAAGAUGCUUCAACAGUGUGCACAGACAAAGGAAAUGCUGGAGCAAAAUAUAUUAGAAUGCCACGACGUGCUAGACGCUGUAGGUAAAUUACGUGAGCCAGCAAUGGUGAGGGAAUUUCUUGAAGUGCUCAGAGAUCCAAACAGUUGCUUCGAGAAUGCAACCAGGUUGUCUUUUGCUUUGAGUGUUGUCGGUGGUAUUGAAGAGGAAGAAUGCUUUCCCAAGGAGCUUGAGGAUCUGCGUGAGAGAUGGGAAAAUGCCAUGAAAGAUUUAGAACAACGAAUAAGCGGGGAGGUUGGGAUGGAAUUGGAAAGCAAGAGUAGCAAAUACAUAAGUGAAAAAGGAGUAGAUUUAAAACAGGAUCCUCCAGGAGAACUUGUAAAAGGAGUUGCUGACAUGGGAUGUCAAAGCGAUGGAAAUUCUUUGAUGUUGACUGAAUACAAGGACAGUGUUAUUGAACAGGAAAGGGAGAUUGAUGCGGAUUCCUUAGAAGAUGCGGCAGAAAUAGAAAAUCUAGUCGCUGAUCAGGAAUCAGGAGAAGCUGAUGAUGGCACAUUAAUGGUAAAUGGUCUUAACGAAGAAGCUGUAAUACAACCGCAAGUUAAAGAGGUUGCCGGGCCUGAAAAUGUAAUCCAGAAAAGGUCUUCAUCAUUCAAUGAACGCAAGGGGAGUGGUUUUGAAGAGGCUGAAAUCGAUGUUUAUUUCAAAGAAGGUACAGCAGAGCAGCGAGUAGUUGAGGUGGCUGAGCUGAGUACUCUCUCAACGUUAGAGGAAGAGAAAGCCAAAGAUAUCAAAGAGGAGAGUGAAAGUGUCGUGAUUUCUGAAGUAGCUUUAGCAGAACAGCAAGUGACAGACAGUUCAAUGUUGAACAAACACAAUGAUUUUGAUUCGAGAUAUGAGGGUGGAAAUGACGUAGGCUCUAAAGACGAUAUAACUGAACCUGCGAACGAAGGUUGUGAGACGGAAGAGGUUAGGUCCGAUAUAAAUCUUAGACAAGAGGUUUCAGGUAAAAAUCUUACCCAAGGAGAUAGUUUAAAGAAUAUUACCUUUGAUGAAAACACCGGUGAAGACUUUACUCGUAAAAACGACAACCAAGACGAAACCGCCAAGGAUGAAUUUACACAAGAGGACAUUAUUGAACAUGGAAUCAACGACGAGAGGUUAGGUUUAGUUGUCAAAGACGAAGCUGGACUAUCUGACCUGAGUCGAGGUCGUAUUCUACAACAAGGAACUGGACAAGAGAAAGUAAUAACGGAAGUUGUUACCCCGGAUGAAUAUACCUAUAAAGAAAGUAAAACUCAGAGUGAAUUUACCUCGGAGGAAUUGUCUCAGAAUAAUAUUACUUUACUAAAUGUUUCCCAAAGAGAAAUUCGCCAUGAACUUCAUGUCACUCAAGACAAAGCAAUUCAGGACGAAGUCGCUGAGAAAGAAAUAGACAAAGGAAUGACAAACGAGAAAAAUGAAGCUGUUGGCAGAAGCGAUAUCGUGGACGAUGUCAGCCUCGAUGAAAACAUACAAGAACGUGUUACACGAGGAGAAAUGGCUCCAGUGGAAAGUACUCAGCAAAAGAGCGAUCAAGGAGAGUUCAUCCAAGGUGAGGAGUCCCGGGAUAUCAUUCUCAGACAGGAAGAGACGCUCGAUUUAAUUUGCUCACGGGUUCCGCAGCAAAAUUUCGACUACGGAAGAAAACGCACGAGUGAAGUUGCAGAUGAAGAGAACAUUCAAAAUCAAUCAUUCAGAAUCAUUGACGCUGGAGUUGUUGAACAAGAUACCCAGGAUGAAAUUGCUCAGGUUUCAGUUUCCCAAGCCAAGAUUAUCGCAGACAACAACAUCCAAAGCAAACCCAUAACAGAUUCAAACCAUAUGCUGGGAACUGAUAGACAGAUCACCCCAAAACAACCUGCCCUAGAUGAUGUUUCUGAUAUCGAAGGUCGGCAAAAUAAUUUCAACGAAACAGGUGGUCUCUCUCCUCGCGCGAUUGUUGACAGCAAGAUACAGAUACAGGAUGACAAGAUACAGGAUGACAAAAUAGAGGAUGACAAGAUACAGGAUGACAAGAUACAGGAUGACAAAAUACAGGAUGACGAGAUACAGGAUGACAAAAUAGAGGAUGACAAGAUACAGGAUGACAAAAUAAAGGAUGACAAGAUACAGGAUGACAAAAUACAGGAUGACGAGAUACAGGAUGUCAAAAUAGAGGAUGACAAGAUACAGGAUGACAAGAUACAGGGUGACAAGAUACAGGAUGACAAAAUACAGGAUGACAAGAUACAGGGUGACAAAAUACAGGGUGACAAGAUACAGGAUGACAAAAUACAGGAUGACAAGAUACAGGAUGACAAAAUACAGGAUGACAAAAUACAGGAUGACAAAAUACAGGGUGACAAGAUACAGGAUGAUAAGAUACAGGAUGACAAGAUACAGGAUGAUAAGAUACCGGAUGACAAGAGACAGGAUAAGAUACAGGAUGACAAGAUACAGGAUGACAAGAUACAGGAUGACAAGAUACAGGAUGGCAAGAUACAGGAUGAUAAGAUUUUCAUUGAAAAAACAAAAGGGUCUUCAAAUGACUACGAGAAAGUUGUGGAACUAGACUUCAAAGAUUUUACAAUUCCUUCAUUCUUUGUAGCAAGUCAGAAAGAUACUCUCCAGGAAACGAAAGCGUUGAAACUAGAAGAAGCUUUGGACACGAUAAGCAAAGUUAGCAGUGAACUAGCAAUGAUUAAAAAUGUCAGCCGCAUUCAAAAAAUUUCACCAGAAAAUUUGCUUGAGUAUGAACGGAAGUCUUUAAAUGAACUUCGAAGUAUUUCAAAGAAACUCGAGACAAUAGCGUCUGAGGAGUUUAACUUGGAUUCGGUUGAGAUGGAUAAGAAAACUCUCCUGAAUAAUCUUGUUCGGGAACAGCAACAGGAGUUGGCGAGAGUUCGCGAGGCUUUAACUAAUCGUGUGAGAAAAAUUAAAAGAUUUUUCGAAAUGAAAUCGACGAUGAAGGAUAAAAUUGAAGGUAUGAAUGUAGUUCUUGAAGAAGCAAUAUUCCUGGAAGAAGACGAUUGUGAUUCUAGGGAACAGAAAGCUGAGAAGAUGACGAGGAUAUUGAUCGGAGGUGAUGAUCUUGCUGAAGAAUUUGUUGAUUGUAUGGCGUCCUUAACAAGCGAUUAUCCAUCGUUGGAUUUAAGUUACGCGGGACAAAUACACGAGCGAUACCAAGCGAGAAAAUCUGAGCUCACGAGGAUGUUAGAUGUGGCGAAAAAACAACUUGAAGAAAAAGAAAAUCUGGAGGAUAAAAUAGACCUUUGUUCACAAUGGUUGGUUGAAAACGAGAAAGAUAUUUUGAAAGGAGAGAUUAACGAUACAGAUGUUGAUGUUCUUGAAAAAGCUAUCAAUGAUUUGGACGAGUUUCUGGUAGUUUUAGAUGGAAAAAUUGAAUAUUUUCAUUCGUAUGCCACAAGAGAACGGCUAUUUCUGGAUAAUUUACCAACACAAGAAAAGGAUGUUUUGUUGACGAAGGUGAAUAACUUGGAAAAACGUUUAGCAGAAGCUCGAGGACUUGUGUUAAAGAGAAUAGAAGAUGUAAAAAUCCAGGUUGAUAUUGUAAGGCAUAGGAAUACGGUAGAUGCUUGUCAGAUAUGGCAAGAAAAAGUGAAAGAUGCUUUAAAUUCUUCUGGUAAAAGCUCAGAAUGUGUUUUUACCGAACUCUCAGACUUGGUGAGUGAGGGUGAAGAAUUGAUCGAGAAUGUGAAGUCUUUGCGACAGCGUUCAGUUGAAGACCAGGAGCUGGUUGAAUCUGCAAAAGAAGUUCUUCAAACAGCAAAAGAAGUGAUGGAGACUAUUUCUAGAAAAGAAGAAGCGAUAAAACAGCUCUCGUUCGAGGUUUCAGAACUCGAGAGUCGCAUUCUUGUUUGCUUUGAGCGAAAUGAGAACACUGACGAAAUUGAGAUUUUGAAGUUCGAGGAGGAAAUCGAAAAUGCUCGCGAAAGGCUUCAAAAUAUUUCCAACCAAAUAAAAUCAGGAGCUCCCCACCUUGAAGCGUUUCCUGCUAAUCCAAGAGAGAAUGAAUUACUUCAGAGAAGCGAAGAUCUUUUGAAUGAAAUCAAAGAAAGGAAUGACAGGCGUUUGUUGGAGGAGAAUCUAGAAGACUGCAAGAAAACCUUGGAGAAAGUUGAGGAUAUUUGCAACAUGCCUGUGACGUUUUGUUUGGAUGUUGUCAAGAUGAAAAAGGACUUAGCUGAAAUGGGAAAAAUUUCACUUGAGUUGAAAGAUAAAGAAGCGAAAUUACAAAAGGUGCAACCAUUAGGUAAUGAACGAGUGGCUGAGGUGUUUACAAGCUUGCAGGAACUUGGCGAGGAACUGGAAAUGAGGGAAGAGAAGAUGGCUGAGUUUCUCUCAACAUUACGUCAUGUGUUGAGGUCUAUCCAAGAACUAGAACACAUCACUCAGGAUGAGAAUGGAAACGAUUGCGAUAAUGAGGAAAAAAGCAAAAACCUGAAAGAAAAAAUCUCUCAAGUUGAUCGUGUUAAACAGAGAGUUGAUCAGUUAUGUUCGCUACCUCAGGAGGAGAAGGAUGUUUUACAUAAACAAAUAAACGCGUUGGAAAGCGACAUUAAAUUCAAAAUGGAACAGCUUGAAAAUGGAAAGAGAUCUAAAGGGUUCGGUCGUAGACUUGAAAAUGUGAGAGAUAAGAUCGCAGAAAUAGAAGAAAGGUUGAAUGAAUUUGGAAAUGACAGAAAGGCGUUUAGUGACCAAUUCGCGCUUGUCUCGGAAGAGGUUGGCAAGAUCGUAGAGGAAGGGGAAUUGCUAGUAUCUAGCGGCAACACAGACGCCGAUGGUCAGCUAUCAGCGAAGCUUCAAGAUGUCAGAAGACGUUUUUUACGGAUACAAGAGCUGGUGGAGAAACAGGACGAUUGUUUUGAAAGAUUCGAGGACGCCGUCGCGGAGUACAAGCAGAAAUUCGAGGCAGUCAAAUGCAGGAUAUCGCUGUCCGGUUUUGAGCAGCAGACCGGAGUCCCGCGUUCCUUUGUUGAGGAGAAAAAUGAACUAACUUUGCUUGAUGAAAAUUUCCGAACGCUACAAGCCCUUGGUAGAGAAAUUAGAUCGUCUGUUUCAGAAGAGCAAAAGAACAGAAUAGAUUUGUUGCUGAGCGAGCUUAGAACUUCGUUAAAGAUGGUAAAGGCCAGGAUAUCUGGGGAGUUAGUGGAUGAAAAUGAACAUGUAGGGGAAACGAGGGAUACUAAGGGUUUCGGUAUGGAUAUUAGUCACGCUGUGAGGAGAGGGGAGGAUCGCAUGAUCGGUGCCAUGCGGCUAAGUGAUGAUAGCGAUGUGGAUAAUGAGGAACAUCGUGUGUUGGCAGGUAGUAGUGAUGGAUCACAAUAUGGAUCAGACAGUGGUAUGGGGGACUCUCUUAUGAAUACUUUCGCCAGUGAGGUCACUGACGGACCUAGUAAGACACCCACAGUGUCGCCAGUCCAUAAAGAAGGAUGCUCUGAGGCAUGUGGAAGUGUGGAUACUGUAUGUGAGGAUUCUCCUGUGAACAAGAGCAGGAUAACAGAGCAAUUUGCUCAAGCUAGGUCUGGAAAGUACAGUGAAGGCAGACAAGAUAACCCCACACGGACAUCGCAGGAUAUCGAUCUUAUAGGCCAGGUAGAGAUUUUGGGUAGUAUUGAUGAAGUCUCGCCCAGUGACGCGCCAGGAAUACCAAGAAAGAACGAGCAAUCUAUGGCUGGUGUUAUUCAAUCGCAUGAUUGUGUCAUGAAUGCUAUAGGUGAUGAUGAAAACGUCGAUGACGGGAAGUUUGUACUAAAAGACAUCACUCAGAAUGUACCUCCGGUGAGCGACGGUGACACGACUGUUCCGAGUUCAGAUCUCCCGAGGGACGGUAAUCUGAUGAAAAUUGAUGAAGAUUCUGAUAACGGUUCCUUAGAAUAUCUUGUUCAAGAUAACCUGUUCAAGAUGAUUCCUGGAAAAGAUUCGCAAACGCAGAAUGACAUUAGGCUGGAUAACUUAGAUGCUGAAACAGUACAGCUCGAAAACACAGAUCAGGCAAGCUCUGAUUCACGUCCGUUCAUUCCAGUAGGAUUCUUAGAACCAGAACCUAUUACCUUCGACAAAACUCAGGAGGCGUCCUCCCUCCCGGAUUUUAAGCCCUCCGAUCAAACACCCUACGAGAUGAAAAUCUCGAGACAUUCACUUCAUGACAUAUCACCCUCGGAACAAACUGCCUCGGAAGAUUCGCUCUCCGUGCAAACAUCCUCGGAAGAUUCCUCCCCGCAGAAAUCCCCCCAGAAAUCUCGAGUUCACGAUAUCGACGAAGAGCUACUGCUGCGAAAUCGUGCAAUCCAGGAUCUCCAGCCUGAUGAAGAGUUGAGAGAGGGGCAGAACUUGGAGACGGAGUAUCCCCUUGUCUCCUCUGCCCCUCCUCCCAUGAAGACCGUUGAGGAAUUCGUAGAAGAACCUGAUGAGCUGUUUCAAAGAUUGGUCGACAUCGAGGUAAUGCUAAAACCACAAGAAAAUGAAGAAGAGAAUCUUAAGUCGGCGCUUCUGAAACAUGUCGCACUCUGUGUUGAGAUGAAAAACAUUCAAAGCAAAAUAAACACCAUCAACAGGCAUGGGCCGUACUUCAUGAAGAAAGCACGAAGUGGCUUACGCGAGAUCUUGGAAGAGAGACUGCGGGCUCUGAAUAAACAGUGGGACAAGCUUCAGGGUCACGCCACAGCGAGACAGAAAGAUUUAGAGCAACUUGUGCAAGACAAAGCCGAUAACGAGUUGGUCGCUGGUGAAGACAGUUCUUUGAGUUCUCUUCGAAAUAAUACAGCAUUGCUUAGUUCGCUGUAUUUUAAUACCGAAAAUGAGAGUAUCAAGCGCCUGCUGAACAAACUCGGUUUAUUCUCUGGCCAAUGCGACGAGGAAGAUGACGAAUCACGCCGCCAUUUUGAUGACGAUUUCCUCGACUACCAAUCGGCCUUUCACGAUCUAUUUGAAUGGUUAACGGCCGUGGAAGAAGAAAUUGAAAGUGUUUCCACUUCGGAGGGUGAGGUGAAGGAAAUAAAACAGCGCGUAAAGUGUCUGCAGGAUUUAUACCUAAAGAUUCAGCACAAGAAGCCACAAGUGAACGAGUUGGUGAAAAGAUCUGAAAGAUUCGUCGAUUCGUCCAGCGAGGGCAAUGAAGAACACGUGACAGGAUUACGUAAUCUAUGGCGUGACGUUAUGCUCAAAGCCUGCUCGAAGUUACGAGAUUUACAGAACGUACUUCAUGUUGUGAUGAUGAAGGCAUUGAAUGUCAACAAUAAAGAAGACUUCUUAAAAACUCUGUCAGAAUGUCAGCGCGAUGUUAAAGAUUUGUUGCAAAGGUUGCAGGAGUGUUGCACAGGCGAUACAAGUGAUGAUCCCGCAGUUGCAGCAGCCCAGUAUCAGGUGUUCGCCUCCGAAACUGACAGGCUAACAAAACUUUUGGACGUCUUGCAAACGUCUUUACAUGUUGAACAAAAUACCACCGCUUUGAAAGAACUUUCUGAUCAAAUGACAGUCGUGAAAACUCAACUAGAGUCGUGGUGGAAGAACCUAAACGAAGCUGGAGCUUUGGAAACUAUUGUGGAAACCGACACAAGGAGGGAGGUCAACGUGUCAGAAUCAAUCCCAGAAGAGCUGAGAUCACCUCGAAGCAGACCCAAGACUUGGCCUGACCACAGCACCUUGCUAACGCAGGUUCUGGAAGAGGUGAAGAAGUUCGAGGAUUGGUUGAAAACCGCUGAAGAAAACCUCCAGAUUUUCAUCGGAAUCGCUAUUCCACAAACUCUGAACGAAAUGAAAUCAAAACUGAAAGAAGUUCAACUUGCAGCGAGAAACAUCAACAACAAGAUCACCGAAAUGGAGUACACCCUCGACAGCCUAAACACUUUGAAAGACGAGUCAGGAUAUCCCGAACUCUGUGAGAAAUGUCAAUCCUGUUUAACCCAUGCAAAGGAACUGAAGUCUCGCUCAGAUACACGAACUGACGAAUUGAAAGAGAUUCGCUACAAAUGGGAGCUGUUUGAAAGCCGCUUUGCGGAGAUGAUUCAUUGGCUGGAAAAAACUCGAAGUAUUCUUAUUCUACCUUUGAAAGAAAGGGACGAGGAUAGCGUCGAAUUUGUUUUAGGGAAAUUACUAAAAGUUCGCGAAAUAGAAAAGAAAUUAUCGGAAAAGGUUAUGGUGAAAGACGACCUUCUACGACAGGGGGAACACGUCCACGCGAGGACCGAGGCCGCUGGAGUGAACGUGAAAAUCGAACAGUUGAGGGAGGAGUGGACCGGGAUUGAAAGUGACCUCGGUAGAGAGCGCGGAAGGCUUGAGAAAGUCAUGAGACUAUGGAAAGAUUACGAUAGAAAACAGGAGGAAAUGUACGAUUGGCUGACCGGCAUAUUGUCCUCGUUGCGUGACCUGGAACAUCGUGAUAGGAGCAUUGAGGUUGUCAAGAGACAAAUCGCCUUGAUCCAGAAACACCAUGAUGAAAUCGACAACCACAUCACUCUCAAAGAGUCAGUCGACCUCUCGUUUCAUUUUCUCGUAGACAACAUUCAAGGUGAUGUGGAACGCCUUCAAGAAAAACAGCAAAAGUUAAACUCUCAUUGGCAAGAGCUUCAAUCGUUGGUCUCGGACCGUUUCGAUGAACUGGUCGCGGUGGAGUGGACACUAGAGGUGGCAGACAUGACUGCUAACGUCGAUGAGUUGAACGUUUGUGUGGAAAACGCCAGGAGAUUGGUGCUUGCGAGAGUUCCACAGAUAGGUAGCUCGUCUUUGGAGGAAAUCAAAUCAUUGGUGGCUAGUUAUCAGAAUGCUAAACGAGAAUUGCGCUCCAAACAAGAAAUCGUCGAUGGAUUGAGGCGAAAAUCACGAGACGAAAACAUGAAGGAUGAGAAGUGUACCUCUUUAAGACAGUCGAUCGCGCAGCUCGACGAAGACUGGAAGAGUGUGACGUCAUUGCUUAACGAAAAAGAGGAGGCCGUUAAGAUCUCGUUAAAUAAAUGGAUGGAUUUCCAACGGCAGCUGACUCAUUUGGUUGACACGGAUUCGUGGUUCGCAACAAGGGAGGCAGCCAUGUCAAAAUACCAACAUAUUUCUACUGAAAAAGAUAGAAUAUCGCGGUUAGAGAUUUAA